AUGUUGAAAAGAUCGGCGAAGGAUAUAGUAGUGCUUUCUGCAUUAAGAACACCAGUCACUAAAUCGGUCAAGGGUGGAUUAGCUCCCCUCUAUCCCGAGGAAUUGUUGUAUCAAGUUUUGGUUGGCUCAAUAUCCAAGUCCAAAGUGGACCCUACAUUGAUUGAUGACGUCCUCGUUGGUACCGUGUUACAGACCCUAGGUGGCCAGAAAGCUUCAUCAUUAGCCGUGAAGAAGGCGGGAUUUCCGAUUAAAACAACGGUAAACACAAUUAACCGCCAGUGUGCAUCGUCAGCUCAAGCCAUUACUUAUAGUGCUGGCUCCAUACUCAGUGGAGAAAACAAAUUUGCCAUUGCUGCUGGUGUUGAAUCUAUGACACAUGAUUAUUUCCCUCAUCGUGGGAUUCCUCAACGAAUCUACCAACCUUUUUUGGAAAGUGCCGGUGAAGAGGCCAAAAAUGUGUUAACACCAAUGGGUAUUACAAGUGAACUGGUUGCCGAGAAGUUUAGCGUAUGUAGAAAGGCACAGGAUGAAUUCGCUGUGCAGUCACAUUUGAAAGCUUCGAAAGCAUCAGAAUCUGGCCAUUUUGCACAUGAAAUAGUACCAGUUGAAUCACGUACUGAUACAAAUGAGACCAAAUUAGUCAAUAAAGACGACGGAAUUAGACCAGGAUCGACAUUUGAAAAAUUGCUGUCCUUAAAACCCGUGUUCAAGGAGGAUGGAGUCACAACUGCAGGAAAUUCGUCCCAGAUUUCUGAUGGAGCUUCUGCUGUUAUCUUGACAACUCGUGAAAAUGCUGAGAAAUAUGGUUACAAGCCAAUUGCUCGGUUCGUUGGGUCAAGUGUCGCGGGUGUGCCCUCUGGGUUGAUGGGAAUUGGGCCUUCAGAAGCUAUUCCACAAUUGUUGGAAAGGUUUGGGUUGACACACAAAGACAUUGAUAUUUUCGAGUUAAAUGAAGCUUUUGCUUCGCAACUGAUCUACUGUAUCGAUAAAUUGGGUUUAGACUAUGAAAAAGUGAAUCCAUAUGGUGGUGCAAUUGCCAUUGGGCACCCGUUGGGAGCUACUGGAGGUAGAGUAGUGUCAACAUUGUUGAAUGGGUUGAGAGCACAGCAGAAGGAGUUAGGAGUCAUCUCCAUGUGCACCUCCACCGGCCAGGGCUACGCUGGAUUGUUCCUCAACGAAAAUUAA